CUACCCUUUUCAGUUCUAAGAGAACAGAGAUCACCCUAACCGCCGCUCCGAUCUCUCUCCGACGCGCCAAUUUCUCUCCGUCACCAUGGCCGCCACCAACUCAGCCCCACCACGACAGCUCUCUCAGAAAGAAGCCGACAUCCAGAUGAUGUUAGCCGCCGAUGUCCAUCUCGGUACAAAGAAUUGUGAUUUCCAAAUGGAGCGAUACAUAUUCAAGCGCCGAAAUGACGGUAUUUACAUUAUUAAUCUUGGAAAAACAUGGGAGAAGCUGCAACUUGCGGCUAGGGUUAUUGUAGCUAUUGAAAACCCUCAGGACAUCAUUGUUCAAUCUGCUAGACCUUAUGGACAGAGAGCUGUUCUCAAAUUUGCUCAGUAUACUGGUGCUCAUGCUAUUGCUGGUAGACAUACUCCUGGUACAUUCACCAAUCAGCUUCAAACUUCAUUCAGUGAGCCCCGUCUUCUCAUCCUCACUGACCCAAGAACCGAUCACCAGCCAAUUAAGGAAGCUGCACUUGGAAAUAUUCCCACAAUUGCCUUCUGUGAUACUGAUUCUCCAAUGAGAUAUGUUGAUAUUGGAAUUCCUGCCAACAACAAGGGAAAGCAUAGCAUUGGUUGUCUCUUUUGGCUUUUGGCUAGGAUGGUGUUGCAGAUGCGUGGUACUAUUCGCCCUGGCCUUAAGUGGGAUGUCAUGGUGGAUCUAUUCUUCUAUAGAGAACCAGAGGAGGCCAAGGAGCAAGAGGAAGAUGAAGUUCUUGCUCCAGAUUAUGCCAUUGCCGAUUUCAAUGCAGCUUCUAUCCCCAAUGAUGGACAAUGGCCUGCUGCCAUUGAUCAAUCAUCAUGGAGUGAUGCAGUUCCACAGCCCAUUCCCGCAGUUCCUGCUGUAAACUGGACAGCCCCAGAAGCUGUUGCAGGGGACUGGGGUGAAGCUGUUCCUCCACCACAACAAACAGGUGCUCCCGUAGUUGAAUCUAUCCAGGCGACUGGUUGGGAAUAAGCCAGUGUUUUUUUAUCGUGAAGUCCCAUCACACAAUUUAUAUUUAUCUUUCUUGCCCCCCAAUGUAACAUCUGGAAAGGCUUUUUUGGUAGCUAAUGAACUUUUUCACUUUUGUUUUUGGGAGAACAUGAGUGGCAGAAAUUUUAUACCACCUGAGAUAUUUAGUUAAUUUGUACUUUUUUAUUUAUUGUUGAGGCAGUUUUAAAUUUAUUUUA